CCUCCAUUGUUGAAGGUGGCAGCCAUGACUGGACUGAUGGCCUUGAUUGGCUCUCAGAAAGCCCUCACAUCGAGCACAGAGCCUUUGUCUAUGGCUUUGGGUGAUGUGAAUGUUGAUGAAGUAAUCCAGGUGAUGACACAGGUCGUUUCUGUGGGAGAUGACAUUGGCAUCCAGAACUCAGCAGCAUGGAUGUUAGGGAACCAUUAUCUGUCUGUUUCCUCAGUAUCAGAGACCAGAACCAGUGUUCCCACCAGCCUGGGUUACCUGCCAGAUUCAAGUCUGUUGAGGGCAGUAGUAGAUUUCCUCAUCGAUGCGGGCAAGAGAGGUCCAGAGGCUGUCCCACACUCCCAGGUAGAGUGCUGCCUCAGAAGUCUGCUGGAGAAGGUGAGGCAGAGUCUGCCCCCGCUAAACUGGGCAGGGGUCCUCACCCCACUGAUGAGGCUGAACUUCAAUGAUGAAGUUGGAAGAUUGUGUCUCCAUGUCGCCAUUUCUCAGAGUUCCUCCUCGCCGACAGCAGCCCUGCUGGUCAGCUCCUGGGGGACACCACCCCUCGUUCAUUCUCUCAGUGUCACUUCCCGUUGUCUUCUUUAUGAUGAGUUACCUGUUCUUGUCACAUCUCUGUCUCCUGCGACCUUGACCUCUGUCCUUGACAUGAUGCAGCAGGAAUUGGGAAAUCCAUAUCUCCAUGGUUUGUUUGGACUCCACAGGGCUUUGAAAGUCAGCAACCUCCCCAAAGCAGUGACAGAAAUACUCCUACAAUGUCUGGAAGCUGUGUACAGGAAAACAAAAGCUCGGCAGACUGAUCCAUGCCUUCUCCAUCUGGUUGGAGAGUGCCUGGGCAGUGUACCAGAUGACGUGUUUGAUGAACUGACCGAGUCCGACUUCUCUGAGGAAGACAACCACUUCCUGUCCUGCUUUGUGAGGUGUUACCUGGUGGCUCAAGGGAGACAACCACUGGCUCUGCUGAACCGAUGUGUGGAUGCCAGUCUCAAUCAAGCAGACAGUGGUACAGAUGACCUGCUGGCUCUAUUCUAUCACACAUUCUGGCACAUCUCUCAAUCCAAAGCUGAGUCCAGUGGAGUCCAGCAUCAACUUCAGUGGCUGCUAGAACUCCUAGGCCACACUAGAAAUGUGUCAACUGGGGCCAUUGCCCUAUCUGACAAAGUCAAUAUUGAUAAGGUUGUAGAGUUUGGGGUUCGCUUGGUUGCAGCAGCCAUCAGUAUGUGGACGUCAGCCUCCACUGCCUCUGUGUACAAUAUAAACCCACAGUUCUUAAUGGAGCGCUAUCCCAUCAGUCCUUUCCAGGAAGGUCAUGACUUGACCUUGGGCAGGUGCCAGCAGAGUCCUAUACAUUUAUUACCAUCCUACAUAUCUGGACUGGAACACGAGCCAUGGAAUCAGAUUUCACUAAAGGUUCUGGACUGGCUAGCUUUAAUGCAGCGCAGGCAGAAUUCCACCUUACAAUCUCUAUCAGCUGCUGAGGUUGGCCUGAAGCAUUCUGCCGAGUUCAGGAGAGCUCAGGCCUGGACUGAUAUUAUACAAAGAUAUCCCACAGUCUCUGUAGAUUAGUCUUCAUUGUAGAGAACAACAGACAUUAAAAAAAAAAUUCUGCUACUAUAGUCAACAGUGCCCACAUAGGAAAGUGUUUCAGUAGAUAGUUAAUUCUCCAGCUAUUGUCUAUGUAAAGCACUGAACACAUACUUGGGCAUUAAGAAGUUUAAUAAGUUGAAAAUUCAAUCUUCUUCAGUAAAUGAAACUGAUGUCCUUCACAGGAAUAGUACAUUGUUAUAUCUCCUUCCAUAUUUCAAUAAGAAAAUCUUCUAUUGCUGUAGAAGAUAUCUCCAGAAGCCAAAGACAAUUAUUAAUAAACUAAGACAAAACUUUG